GUCCAAUUCCACGUGCUCCAUAGAUUUGACGUCUCAAUAAAUUUGGUGGAUCGCCAAAUCUGACUUCCCCUUACGAGGAAAUUAAGAAGCAAAUCAAAUAAAAAAUGACUAGCGCCCAUACUAAACACAUCGAAAUUAGGCAGAGGCUCCUCUGGCUUCAUAUUCAUCCCUCUCUCUGCUCCACUCCCUCUUUCAUCAUCCACUCCGUACAACCAAUAAUGGAUCUCCACCACCAAUCCAACCCCGUCAAGACAAAACAACUCCACAGCUUCCAAGUCUCCCCGCCGGCGGGAUCCCUCGACCCUUCCGCCGCCUCUCUUCCAAUAACCUUCUUCGACGUCAUGUGGCUCAACUCCCGCCCCAUGCGCCGCCUCUUCUUCUACGACUUCCCCUACCCGACCCUCCACUUCACCCAAUCCACCCUCCCCCUCCUCCGCCGCUCCCUCUCCCUAGCCCUCCACCGCUUCUACCCUCUCGCCGGCAGCCUCGUCGUCCCUCCGCCGCCUCAGCUCCCCUUCCUCAGCUUCUCCCCUGCCUCCGACUCUGUUCCGCUCACCAUCGCGGAGGCAGAGUCCGACGUCGAUUACGACGGUUUGGUCGGGAACCAGCCCAGGGACGUGAGGGAACUCCAUCCGUUGGUGCCGGAGAUGAAUCCGGGGAAGGUUCGAUCCGAGGACGGCGCGAGAUUGUCGCCGCUAUUGGCGGUGCAGGUUACGGUUUUCCCCAACAGGGGAUUGUGCAUCGGGGUCCAGUUCCACCAUGUGGCUGCGGACGGCAUGGCUUUCCACGGCUUCAUGAAGUUGUGGGCUGCUCUGCUCCGAUCGGCGGCUACUGGUGGUGAUGCUGGCGCUUGUGAUCAGCUUUCCCUGCCGGCUGAUCACCUCCAACACAGAGGGAACUAAUCAGGGGAAAGUACGGCGACCUGGAAUCAGCCCUGCUGCAGCAGUGGUUCGACUGGCUGUCGACAUGGAACUACAACGCCGGAGCAGCACCCCGGCAGCUCAACCUCUCGAACAAGGUCCGGUCCACAAUGGUGAUCACCAAGCCCAACCUCGACAAACUGAAAGCUCGGGUCCGAAGCGCGAAUCCCGAGCAGGCCCACGUGUCCGCCUUCGUGGUGACGUGCGCUUUGAUCUGGGUCACUCUAAUCAAAUCAGAAGGCGUGGGGGACUCUUCCGACGACCCCGACAGGGUCUACCACCUGGGCUUCUCCGCCGACUGCCGGCGCCGGCUGGGGAUCGAGCUGCCGGAGUCGUACCUCGGGAACUGCCUCGGCCCGACGUUUGUAGGGGAGAAGAGAGGGGAUCUGGCCGCCGGAGGAGGCGGGUUUUUUAGAGCGGCGGAGGCGAUUGGGAGGAGGGUGAGGGAGGGGGAAUGGGUGGGAGCGGCGGAGCGGUGGAUGCCGACGUGGAGGGAGGUGGCGGAGGGAGGGAGGGCGGUAGUGAUUGCUGGGUCGCCGAAGCUGAAGGCGUACGAGACGGAUUUCGGGUGGGGGAGGCCGAGGAAGAGCGCGGUGGUGCAGGUGGAUAGCUCGAGGUCGGUGGCGCUGUGCGAGAGCGGCGAUGGGAGCGGCGGCGUGGAGGUUGGUUUGGCUUUGGAGGAGAAUCGAAUGGAAGUGUUCGCCAAGUUGUUUGAGGAGUUCGUUGGACAACUUUAAGGGUUCUAGACUUCUAGUACGGCUUAAUUGCAAGUUUGGUCACUCGAAUUGCUACAAAAUUUCAUGUUUGGUCACUCGAAUUGAUUAAUUCCAUUCGUAGUCACUUAAAUUAGUUGAACAGUCCAACUUUAGUCACUCUCCGUUAACCUCCG